AUGCCAGGAGUUGAGUACGUGCUGUGUGUGAAAUUCGAGCCCGGCUUUACGAAUGCGGAAUACAAGUUGUAUGAUGCUCGCGUCAAUCCACUCGUACAGCUGGCUCCACUUCCAAUCGUCGCUCCAAGUACCGUGAUCCAGUUGGACGGACGUCGAAUUCUUGGUAUUCCACCAGGGAUGGCGCUCCCGGUAGGGUUUCCUGCAACUCUGUCGGUGGAUUUGUACUCUCCAUUGGUUUGGGCAAUGCGUUAA